GAGUCUGAGUAGGUGUCCAGGGUUGAGGGCGGAGCCCAUCUGCAUUGUCGAGGAGACUCAAGGCAGGCGUGUGUGUUGAGAAGGAAGUCAGAAGAGAGGGGCUGUGUGUGGGGAGGUUUGUGAGAACAGACGCCAAAGACCCACUUUCUGAGAGAAAGAAAGAACAUCUGCACAUAAGAUGCUGUUGUUACAAUUGGUGUUGCUCACGGUUCUUUUCCCAGGUGGUGACAGUGACAAUGUCUAUCUGUUCCUGUGGACAGAUUUCCAAGAGCCAGUCGCUUUUCGAACCAUCUUGACAACAUCCUUUUACAACCAUUCCUGGACGCAGAAUCAGGGCUCAUCUUGGCUGGAUGACCUGCAGACUCAUGGCUGGGACAGCAAGACGGGUGCUUUCAGUUUUCUGCGGCCCUGGUCCAGGAGCAACUUCAGCAAUGAGGAGCUAAUGGAAGAAGAAAAGUCAUUUUAUACAUUCUCCAUCAGACUUCCUCUGAUCUUUCAGGACCAUGUCAGUGAAUGGCAGCUUGAAUAUCCCUUUCAGGUACAGGUGGCAGUAGGCUGUGGCCUACAUGUUGGGGAGCCAUCAGUAGGCUUCAUGCAGAUUGCAUAUGAAGGAUCAGACCUCGUGAGCUUCCAGAACAUGUCAUGGUGGCCAUCUCCAAAGGGAGGAAGGAGGGCUCAGCAGGUCUCCAAACUAUUCAAUCAGGAACAUGUGGACAACUUACAGCUACAAGCAUGUAUUAAUGAGGUCUGCCCCCGUUUCCUCUUGGGUCUUCUUGAUGCAGGAAAGGAAGAUCUUCAGCGACAAGUGAGGCCAGAAGCCUGGCUGUCCACUGGCCACAGUCCCAGUCCUGGUCGUCGGCUCCUCGUGUGCCACGUCUCUGGUUUCUACCCAAAGCCAGUAUGGGUGAUGUGGAUGCGGGGUGAGGAGGAGCACCAGGGAACCUGGCGAGGUAACAUCUUGCCCCAUGCUGAUGGGACAUGGUAUCUUCAGACGUCCUUGGACAUGGAAGCCAGAGAGGCAGCUGGCCUGUCUUGCCGAGUGAGACACAGCAGUCUAGGAGGCCAGGACAUGGUCCUCUACUGGGAGCAUCCCCGCCCCGUGGGCUUGGUCUUCCUGGCGGUGGUCGUGCCCCUGGUGCUUCUGGCAGGUCUUGUGUUCUGGCUCUGGAAGCGCUGGAAAUCACACUGGAGACCUCAGUGCACUGGCCUCCCUUUGGAGAGAGAUCCCAGCAGCCCAGGACCAGGACGUCCCUAAACCCAGCUCAGAUGAUGGACUUGCAAGUCUCUGUGUGCAGCUUUUGUCUUUUCUUUCUGCUCAAUGAUCAGUUGUCAAGAUGAGUUAAGUGUAAUUUAGCAGAAUUUGUUAUCCCACAAACCUCCAUGAGCCACUGGCAUCAGGCGUCACUUCCUGCAGUGAGCCAUCCCUUCUUCACAAGUCAAAGAAGUUUUUGCUUGGCGGGAAUUAGCCCCACGUUUUGCUGCACUUGCAAAUCUAUUCCUGACUUCCAGCCCUUGUUACCAACAGUUAGGGUCCUUUCCCUUCUAAUUCUUAGGACUUUAGAGGUGAGGUCCAUGUCUUUUCAAUAUUUGUAACCUUGGCAAAGAAUCUCCCCUGCAUGGAAU